AACCACACAACAAUCAUUAGCACUCGCACAACACUUUCCUUUCAACUUCUCGUUCGUUGUUUCUUGCAAUUAAUCAAUAUGACUAGCUUUAUAUCCCUUAAGCUUGCAUGUGUGAUGGUGUUGUGCUUGGUUGUGGGUACACCAUUGGCUGGGGCCAUAACUUGUGGUCAAGUCACUACUUCCCUCGCACCCUGCAUAGUUUACUUGAGGAGUGGCGGUAAUGUUCCUCCAGGUUGCUGCAAAGGGAUCAGAGAUCUCAACAGCGCCGCCACAUCAACACCAGACCGCAAAACGGCUUGCAACUGCAUAAAAAAUGCGGCUGGAAGCAUUCCUGGCAUCAAUUAUAACCUUGCAAGUGGUCUCCCAGGCAAGUGCGGCGUCAACAUCCCUUACAAGAUCAGCCCCAGCACUGACUGCAACAGGUUCGUAUCCAAUCUAAAUGAAAUUACGACGAAAGAAAAUUACCCAAAUUUGUUAAUGUUUUGAUUUUGUUGUUGCAUUUGCAGCAUCAAGUGAAAGAAUUGGCCACGGAAGGCUGCCAGCUAACGGGAAGGGAAAAGUAUGAAAGUAUCAAAUAAAAUGGAUGUUAAAAAUCCGUAGGGAUAGCAGGCGUUGUCCUAGUUUUAGACUUGUUUUCGUUGUGUACUAGGUCGCUUAAUGCGACUAUCAAAUGUUUAUCAUUACCUGUUUUUAUUUAAUAUUAAUGCAACUUAUGGUCUGUUUCUUCUA